AUCAAAAGUAUCGAUAAGGUAGAUAUUUAUUAACUUGAUAACUUUGCUUGUGAUCUACAUCGAUAAAACAGAUAAAGAACAGGGUCUAGGCUCUUUCAGUUUGCCUCAGCCACUCAACAAAAGUUGAAGCUUUCAAACAUUUAGACACGCGUGGUAUUGUGUAGAUAGUAAUUGUAUAAAUUGAAAUAAAUUGAAUUUUAACAUAAAAUUGACAGAAAUUUUAAAAUACAAUGCUUGAAAAGGCGAUAAAAGAAUGCUCUGUUUCAGAACAUGCACCAUUAGAUGUUAUACAAAAUGCUAUGGGUGUGAUGGGCCCAUGGCACAUUGUUAUUGCUGUGGCAUUGUCUCUUGUAAAAUUUCCGGUUGCUUGGCAUCAACUUUCCAUUGUAUUUCUUGCACCUCCAACUAAUUUUACAUGUGCUGCUCCAAUCUCAGCCACUAAUGUAUCUACAAUAAUGAAAUGUUAUAUAGAUGUAGGGAAUGGUACAAUGGAGAAGUGUACAAGUUUUAAAUAUGAUAGGCGCACAUUUAAAGAGAGUAUAAUAACUCAAUGGGACUUGGUCUGUGAUAGAGAACAAUUAGCAAAUUUUGUACAAUCUUGUAUAAUGUUUGGAGUUCUUAUUGGUAACUUAGUAUUCAGUAUAAUGGCCGAUCGAAUUGGUAGAAAAAAGCCUUUGAUGAUUGCCAUAGGAUUACAAUCGUUAACUGGAUUUAUAAGUGCAUUUGUUCCAUGGUUUGAAUUAUUUGUGAUAUUUAAAUUUAUUUCUGCUGUAGCUACAGGUGGUACUAUGCUUGUUAGUUUUGUUUUACUUAUGGAGAUUGUAGGAAUAGAAUGGCGUUCAAUUAUGUCAGUCCUUUUCCAUGUACCAUUCUUACUGGGUCACCUAAUGAAUCCUUUAAUUUCAUAUUUAACACAUACGUGGGAUGGUUUUCAAAUGGCAGUUUCCAUACCAUCCCUUUUCUUAUUAUCAUAUUAUUGGAUUAUACCUGAAUCACCAAGGUGGUUACUUGCUGUUGGCAAGCUAUCGAAAGCAGAACAAAUUCUAGUCAAAGCAGCUGGCAGAAAUAAAAUACCAAUAGAAAAUGUUAAAAUAGCAAUUGAGACAUAUGAAAGCAAUAUUGGACUUCGUCAUAAGCAAAGCAAAGAAAAAUAUAAUAUAACACACUUGUUUAGAACUCCCAAUUUAAGAUUAAAAACUAUUUGUGUAUGUUUUAAUUGGUUUGUGUGUGGUACUUGCUUUUUUGGAUUAGCACAGUAUAUGGGUUAUAUUGAUGGUAACAUUUUUGUAAAUGUUGCUGUAUCAGCUGCUGUUGAACUGCCUGGAACUAUAGUAGUUUUAUUUUUAAUAUCACGUGUAUCACGUUUAAGAAUUCUAAUAAGUGGAAAUCUUCUAUCUGCUGCAAGUUUGCUAUUACUAGCUGUGAUAUCAAAUUCAAAUUUCACAGUACUUUUGGCUACAUUAGGUCUUGCAGGAAUGUCACUUAGUUUUCCAACAAUAUAUCUGUAUAGCAGUGAGGUAUUUCCAACUGUAAUUAGAAAUGUUGGUGUUGGUUUAGGAAGUGUUUGUGCAAGGGUUGGGAGUAUGAUUGCUCCAUAUAUUGCAACAAUGGGAAAAGUUGCACCGUGGUUACCACCAUUAAUAUUUGGAACUGGACCAUUACUUGGUGCUUUAUUAUGUUUUCUACUACCAGAAACAAUGAACUGUGAAUUACCAGAAACUAUUGAAGAUGGUGAAAAUUUUGGGAACUUAUUACAAAUUUCGAUCGUUAUUACAGAAAACAGACUAAAAAAACUGCGACAAAAUAAUAUUUAUUUAAAAUUAACAAUAAGAGGGAAGCCCACGAUAAAAUAAUGAAACAGAUCCUGCCUCUUAAAACAAUAAAUUUACAAAUUUUAUAUUAAAAACUGUAACUGUAUAUAUAUACUUUUUUUUACUAUAAUAAAUAUAUAAUGCUUUAUAAUUAACAAUUUAAUUUAUUCUUUACAUUAUAUUAAAUUAUUUUAGUAAAUAUAUAAAUAUUUUAUCAAAAAUAAUUUUAACAAUUAUUAAUAUAGUAUUUAAUAUAAUGUGAAUGUCUGAAUAUAUCUUUUUAUACUAGCUUUAUAAUAUACACUUACUUUAUGAAAAAACAGAUUUUUCAUGUUAUCUAAUACUAUAUAUAAAAUUUAUGUAUAUAUAUGUAUAUUUACGUUAUUAAAUGAAAAAAAUAUGUAUACAUGUUUAUUAAAAAAGUGAUAAAAUUUUUUACUUAAAACUAUCUCAUUCAUAAAAUGUAAAUAAUAUUAGACAAAAAAUGUUAAAAUAAAUCAGCCUUUUUUACAUUUGUUGAUACAGACAGUCAUUAAGAUAAAGAGGUUCAUUUGAGUUGUUCUGUAGUAAUUAAAUUAUAGUAUAUAUGUAAUGCUAUAGUUAAGCUAUAAAAACAUUUAAUUAUUAUAAAUAUGGCAACAUAUUUUGUAGUCUUUUCUGU